AUGACGAUGACGACAAACGUAGCGUCGGGUAAAAAAGCAGAACGCGCGAGGCUACGGCUGUGCGACAGUGGCAGCGGCUUGGAUGCUUUCGCAUACGGCCGUGCGACGCGACGCUUUCUCGCAGAGCCAAUCGUGCGACGCCGUGCGACCGCGGGGUGCGACAGGUCGGCCAUACUGCGAUUCCAGCUCAGGGGACCGCCAUCCACGGCGACGCCGCGCCUCGACGUUAAGGCAUGCGACGGCGACGACAGCGAUGACGUGGACACGAGCGCCUUCUGCUCUUCCGGCAACGGAGCGCUUCACCGCUUGGGCGGCUCGGCCGCUGCGACUGCUGACGUGUCACUCGGGGACGCGUUUGACGAACUUAGCGCCGGCCCGGAGGAGCGGCUCGGCGUGAACGGACGGCGGAUGAAGUUCAAAUUGGGCGGCUCGGAGGAAACUUCGUCGGAGCUUCUUGGGUCGGCGGCUAAGGAGGUUGAGAAAGGGGUAGAGGCGGUGGGGUCGGCGGCGCUUAAAGCGCAGGAUACGGAGAGAGCGGCGGAGAGUGAGGAAGAGACGAGACGAAAGAUGAGGAUAUCCCACGGCCGGAUCAUCUCAGUUCUAUUAUUCGUCGCCCUCCUCUCAACGCUGCUCCUAGUCGAUUCCUUCAUCUGGCGCCUCAUCCGCCGCCCCCUCGCCGCCUUCUUCCUCACAAUCCCCUUCCUCGCCGCCGCCGCCACGUCAGCAUACGCGGGCGCCAUCGCCAUCCCGUUCCUGCGCUCGCUUAAAGCCCAGCAGGUGGUGCGCGAGGAGGGCCCAGCGACGCAUGUGACUAAAGCGGGGACGCCCACUAUGGGGGGGCUGAUUUUCGUGCCGCUGGGUGUGCUUGUAGCGAGGGUGGCGACUGGGAGUCCGCCUGAGCUGGCUGGAGUGACGGCGGCAACGGUUGCGAUGAUGGCGGUGGGGGCUGUGGAUGAUGGGCUGUCGCUGGCUAAGAAGCACAACUAUGGGCUUACUCCCAUGGGGAAGCUUGGCUUACAGGUCGCAAUAGGUCUGGCACUCAGCUACUGGCUGCACGGGGCAAACCUGCAAUCACCCUACUCCAUGAAGAAUCUGGUCCCGUUUCCACAGCCAAUCGGUCUAUGGUACUUUGGCAGGUGGUACGUGGCUGUGACAGUCUUCUGCGUGGCAGCAAUGAGCAACGCUGUCAACCUCACGGAUGGCUUGGAUGGCCUAGCAGCCGGCACCACUGCCAUCGCAUUCAUUGCCAUGGCCAUCGCCUGCCUUCCCAUUUACCCUGCCAUGGGAGCAUUCGGAGCAGCGAUGGCGGGGGCGUGCAUGGGGUUUCUAGCGCACAACCGGCACAAGGCGGCAGUGUUCAUGGGGGACACGGGCUCCCUGGCUCUCGGGGCGGCGCUCGCUGCCAUGGCUGCCACCACCGGCCUCUUCUUCCCCCUCCUCAUCGCAUCGGCUGUCUUUUUUCUCGAGACGGUCUCAGUUAUGCUACAGGUUUCAUUCUUCAAGCUCACCAAGCGGAUCACAGGCACGGUUCGGCUGUCAGCGCUCCCUGCGCUACUGUUUCUAGUUUUCGCAUCGGUCGUUCUAGUUGGCGCAGAAGAAUAUUUUGGGUUACCGACAUCCAAGUACGAGCACGAAUGGGCCAAGUACCGGCAGCCUGACGGACUCCUGUCGCUCGACUACCUGAAGCAAGGCGGCGAUGGCGACAAAAUCAGAGGAAGGAAGGCCAUGGAGAACCUCUUUGAAGUUGUCUUCUGCUCUGCCCUCCCAUCGAAGCAAGUGCUCCCGAACAACCUCUUCCAGAAUGGCGAGUUCUCGGAAGGCAUCGAGCCAUGGCAGGGUUUCGGCUGGUCGUCAGUGUACGCGGUAAAAGACACCCGCUUAAACUACGGCGUCUGCACAAAUCGCUCGGAAGCCUACUCCGGCCCGAUGCAAAGCGUUUCCAGCCUGCCGGCCGCGUCGUACGAGAUGAUCGUCUGGGUCCGGCUGAACGCCGGCGAACGGCAGUACGUGAACGCGAACGUUAACAUUAACGGCCAGUACGUGUGCAUCGGCGGCGCGAUCGCCAAGUCCAACUGCUGGACAAAGCUCAUGGGCGGAUUUACGUUACAUAACCCGUUGGAUAAAGCCAGUAUUUAUAUCCAAGGCGCGACUCCGGGGACUGAGAUCUGGAUCGCGCAGGCGUCGUUGCGAAAGGUUGAUAAGGAUGAAUGGCUGGCGCAGCAGCGGGCGAGCAUCGAGAAGCAUCGCAUGCGCGACGUGUCGUUGACGGUGACCGGCAAUAACGGGCAGACUGUGGACGUGGUGAUUAACCAGAUUCAGUCGGAUUUCCCGUUUGGGGGAAACGUGAACGGCGCGAUCCUUUACGACAAAAACUACCAGAAGUGGUUCAAAGACCGUUUCAACUGGGCUGUGUUUAAUAACGAGGGCAAGUGGUACUUUAACGAGGGGUAUCGGCAGGGUGAAGAGAACUACACCGUAACAGACGCGAUGACCAACUGGUUCCGUGCGCGAAACAUCAACGUUCGCGCGCACAACCUGUUCUGGGCAGUCGAGAAUUUCGUGCAGUCGUGGGUCAAGGACCUUAACGACGAGGAUCUGUGGGCGGCGAUGCAGCGAAGACUGAACCAUGCGGUAACCCGUUACAAGGGCCAGGUGCAGCACUGGGACGUUCUCAACGAGCCGCUUCACGGCAACUACUUCGCGGACCGCCUCGGGCCGCAGGUGCACGAGUGGAUGUACAAGGCCACGUCAGCAAUCGACAACCAGGCGCAGCUUUUUAUUAAUGAUUAUAAUACCGUUGAGGAGUGCGACGGCGUGUCGCAUCCGGAGUAUUACCUCGCGAAAGUCUGGCAGAUGACGACAAAAGGCGCGCCGGUGACCGGGAUCGGCGUCGAGUCGCACUACAGCAAGGAACCCCAGCCGGCGCGUCUCCGCCACGAUCUGAACCAGCUGGCAGUGGCAGGCAUCCCUAUUUGGCUGACGGAGCUCGAUUUCAACAAGGUGCCCGACGACGCGAUCCGCGCGGACUACUUCGAGUCAGUCAUGCGCGAGGCGUUCGCGCACCCCGCGGUGCACGGCAUCGUGAACUGGUCCGCGGGGCGCGCCACGUGCGACAAGUACAAGGACGUGGAUCCCGGCAUGUGCAAGCCGUGCGAGGCGUGCUUCUCGGAUACUAACUUCGUAGAUAACGAGCUGGGGAAGAGGUAUGUGCGUCUACGCAAGGAGUGGAGCACCCACCUCAACGCCAAGAUCUCUCCCGGGCAGCCACUCGCAUUCAAGGGCUUCCACGGCACCUACCGCGCUCGCUUCCAGGUCAACGGGCAGACCGUCGAAAAAACAUUCCACGUGCCAAAUGCACAAGGCGUGGCGAAGAUUAGCAUCCAGCUUUGUUCAACAGUCAUGUCGCCGCCAAAGCGCAAAACGAGCAUCAGCAGCAACACGGGCGGCAGCAAUAGCGGCGCCGCCGCGCGUCAGUCCCGCCCGAGCAACCCGCCGUCGCGCCCCCUUUCCCAGCCAGACCUCUCUCAGCACCCGUCUCUUCACCAACACGCACUGCCACGUCAGCACCCUCCUCCGCACCACACGGGCCAGCCGCCGUAUCAUAACCCCCCUUACCCGCAAGGCCCUCCUUAUCCGCAAGGUCCGCCCUAUCCGCAAGGCCCGCCGUACCCGCAAGGCCCGCCUUACUCCCACGGACCGCCUCCGUUCCCGCCCUAUGCCAACGGCCCUCCCCCCGCCGGCGCCGGGUUUUACGGGCCAAGUUACCCACCUUCCGCUGGCCCGGGCCCUCCACCGUACGCGCGCGCUGCACGCAGCGGGGAAGAUGGGUACGGCUCGGACGGGCCGUUACACGGUUACAUGUCAGACGAGCCGCCGUAUCGCCGCGGCGCGGGGUACGGCCGGGGCGCGAAUGGCGGUCCCAUGGCGCCGCCGCCGAAAUUAGUGUCGUCUAAGGGCCGCGCGACUCGGCAAUGGUGUUCGACGUGGCGCCUGCUGCUGCUCAUCUUCAUCCCCGCUGUAGUGUUCUUGAUUAUAAUGAGCGGGCGCAGUCCGGGUAACUGGCGUACGGUCGAAGCGGAGGUGUGGGGAGGCGCGGAGGAGGAGCGCGCGGGGGGCGCUUGGGGUGCAAGAGCAGGGGGAGGCGCAGGCGCGGGCAUGGGGGGGGAGUUGCGGGGAGUGAGGUGGAGCAGCGAGGUGGAGGCGGCGGUGAUUGCGGGGGCCGUGGCGAAGGGCUUUAAGAUGGACCUUAGUACAGCUCGGACUAGAUUGCGCACAGAUGCUGACGUGGAAGGGGCCAACAUCGACCACAACAACUCCAUCACCAACCCCUGCUUGACACGUCACUCGCUGCUGCAGCGGGCCUAUCAGGAGGCGCCACCUGGCGCGCUCGCGGCGCUCGGGCAGCCGCGAUUCGUCCAGCGCAGCGGGUACCGACUGUCGGCCAAUGAAUUCGCAGCAAUCGGGAUGAGCCUACGUGUCAUGAGGGAGAUUGCAGACGAUGGGCUCGGCCACUGCUUCUGGGUCGGGCGGGACGGGCGGCAUUUGACGGGCAGGCUGAGGGGAAUUUACCCUGGAGAGCACCAUUUAUUGAUGUACGAGACGGCUAUAUACCAUUGCAAACUGGCAGUGGAAAGCACAGGGAACGGUGGCGGCACAGUCAUGAUUCAGCUUGACCGCACAGAUGUGCCAAUCUACAGCGAGCCACCCGCACCAGCAUCUGCUCUUUCCUCCCUCCUCCCCACACACUCCCACUCGCAAUCACACACCACCACACACCUAGGCACGCCAGCUCACUCACCCGCCCAGACUCACUCUCCUAUUGCGCACUCCAGUCCAAGCAACGCCACCCAAGCGCACAACAGACAAGGCUACGGCUUGCAGCAUUGGGGCGGCAGGAGGGGGCAGCGGUUUGAGUACGAGCUGGCGUUCUGCUCCUUCCCCAUGUACCGCGAUUUGAAUCCCUCCACUCUGCACGUGUGGCUGCAGGUGGCUUAUCACUACCUCAAGGUCGACUACUUUGUGCUCAGCGAUGGGGGUUCUGUGGACGACACUAUUAUGAAGGUUCUAUCCCCGUUUGUAACUGCCAACAUAAUGGAAAUAGUUGACAUUCGCGGCGCAUACGCAUUCGAGAACAAACAAAACGUGCUAACCCUAAACGACUGCAUGUACCGUCUCCGCUCCGCCGCCCGCUGGGUACUGUUCAUGGACUUCGACGAGCUACUGUACAUCGCGCCGCCACCCCCCCCGCCGCCCGAGCCAGAAACAGACGGAGAGGGCGAUUACACGCCCUCCGGCCGCAAGCGGAGAAAAAAACGGAAAAGGCACGCCAAGCCGAAACCAGUGGACGUAACUGCAGGGUCCCUGCAUAACCUCCUUAUGCAGCAUAACGGGUCGGCUUUUAUCACGUUCGGGAGUGUGUGGUGGUCUGUGGAGUACUGUAGACCCCCUACUCCCGCUCUCGCGCUCCCAAUUCAGCGGAUGCGGUUUCAUUGGCCGCAUGUGUACUGUGUGGGCGAGAAGGACAUGGGGUACAAACCAACCCACUGCCUCAACUUCUACGGCCAUCGCAAGUUCCUUGUGAAUCCGCGACUGGUGUGGGCCGUGCAGGUGCAUCGCCCCAUAGAGCCACUGGAGGGCGGCGUGCAUUUGACCCCCGAUGUUGCCUACCUGAACCAUUUCCAGGGACUCCUACGUGCCAACUUCACAUUGUGCUCGCAAGAGGUGCUUCCAGGAAAGGAGCCUGAGUGGUGGACAGAAGACAGCUAUUUGGCCGAGUUAGUGGGCAUCAUGAUGAAGAAAGGGCCCCCUAAGAAACGCCAUCUCCGUCUGUCGGCAAUUCGCGAAAUUGGCGACAACCUCACAGCGAAGGUGUCACACAGGUCCACAUGCCUCAUGGCGGGAUUACGAGACUGGAAAACGGGAGUUACAACCGCGCUCCCUCAACUCGCCUCACCCGAGUGCUGUGCGGUGUCAUCAUUCCGUUCGCUCCACUCCACACGACGACUCCGAGUCGUCGCGUCUUAUAAUGAGAAUGGUGUUGGCGAGGGACGAACUGUCGUCAUCGGACUGGACGGCUGUCGCGAAUGUCGCACCGCUUUCGCACAGUGGCUGCGCGGCGGCCAGCAACCGGACGACAGAAUCGUCGCAGCGAUCGCCGGCGGCGCCAAUCGCCACACCCGCUCGUCGUCGCUGACGUCGAUUGGCGACGUUACGUCUUCGUCGCAGACUUGCACAAACAAGCGCCGCGCCGGCGACGUGGGCGACGUGCUGCGACAACCGACGAGCGCACCAAGCGGGAAGGCGACAGCCGUGGUGAAAAACACCGUAAUCGUCCCUGGUUUACCGCUCGACGAUCAUUUCUGCGACUGGGAUAAAAAAUCGCGAUCAGCUCUUUUGAAACUCGCCGCCAUUGGAUCGGAAGAGAAGGUUCGCUUUGAGGCCAUUCGCCUGCCGUCCGCCGGCCAAGGCCUCCCCUUCGCGCGUUCCCUCGUCGACUGCUGUCACUCCCUCGAAGCCGACCUCCUCCUCCUCCCCGCGCACGACUGCUCCGCGCUCCUCCCCUUCCUCCCCUCGCUCCCCCUUUCUUCCGCUUCCCCCAUAUCCGCCUUCCCCGCUUCCUCUGCUUCGUCCGCCUCCGCCGCCGCGAAUGCUUUCGCGUCAGCCGAUUCGCGCAUGCGACGCGUUGCGUCGUUCUGCUCCGAAAAUGCUCCUUGUCCGGUCACUUUGAUUGGCCGCAUGAGCAGCGUCCAGGCGAGCGCAAGCGGGCGGGAAAGCUGCAGUGGCUCAGCGAGGGAUUGUCCUGCGGGGAAAGACGUUGAUGUUUUGACAACAGGAGCGAAUGAAAACAGUGGGGAAGUGCAGGAAUGCAACAGCAAUAACGGGGAUAGCAGUAACGAGGAUGAAGAUGGGGAUAGGCAUUUGUCAUUCUUUGCCCUCAUAAGCUGGUUUCUGGUUCCUGGAGGCAGUCGUAUCUGUUUGUGGUCACGUCGGGCUAGCACAUUCUCGUCUCCUCCUGUUCUCGCGAUGGCGUUCCUACGUUUCCUCGUGGUUUUCCUGCUGGCGCUGCACGUCACUCGCGUCACGAACGCCUUCUCAGUCUUCGGAGUGUCGUCCAAAGCCACCGACCCUGUAGGCGGUGUUCCCGUGGACGAGCCGCCCCUCUCGCAGUCAGCCAAUCCGGAUGAGCCAGAGCCGCGGACCGUGGCCGCAGGCGUGUCGCACCUCGUUGGAACGGAUAAGGAGGGGAGUGAGGAGGAGAACGAGGGGAGUUGGACGGAUUGGGUGUCGGGCGUGACAGGCAUGGGAAAGAGAUCGCCAUCUGAAGCCCAGGCGGAGGAGAAAUGGUCAGAGGCGGCAGACGCGGCAGGCGAAUCGGCGGCCAAGGCCGGCCAGUCCGCCGCCAAGGGCGGAGACGCGGCCGAGAAGCGCGCAGAAGCCGGAGCCAGCGCCGCAUCCGACGCCGCUUCAAGCGCGUGGGAGAAAAUCAAGAAGGCAGCCACGGGGGCGGCUUCAGCUGGCCGCGAGGGUGCGGAGCAGCUGGGGGAGGCGGGCGCGGAAGCACAGCGACGUGCGGGGGAGACCGGCGCGCAGCUGGGUGAACGCGCUGGAGAGACGGGCGCACAAGCGCAGCAGCGCGCGGAGGAGUACGCGGACGUCAUGGCGGAAGGCGCGGGGGAGACGCUCGAGGGGACCAAGGCGGGCGGGCAGCGGGCCGCGGAAGAGGCGGGGAAGGCGGGCUGGGGCGUGUACGACCGCGUGCGAUCCAUGGCGGACCGCCUUCAGCACGCCGCGGAGCAGGGCAUGGGCGUGGGAUGGGACAUCGUAGGACAAAUGCACGACACUGCCGCUUCCGCUGGCGCAGCGGCGGAGGAGCGCGCAAAGGCUGGCGCAACAGCCGCGGAGCAAACUGGUGAAGGUCUUACGCAACGGGCAGGCGAACGCGCUGCUGACGUGGCGUCGACGGUGGAGGCGGGACGGCAAGUCACGGAGGAGGGCGCGGAACGCGCGACUGGCGCAGUUGGAUCGGCGGUUGGCGGGGUGGUUGGCGGAGUGCGCGACACCGCGUCGAGGAUCGGCGAGGCGGCGAACCAAGCGGCGAAGGGGACUGCUGCCACGGUGGAGCAAGCGGGUGAGUUCGCGGCGGGGACGGUGAAGCAGGCGGGCGAAGGCGCGUAUAGCGCGGGGAAAGGCGCGUACGACACGGCGGCUGGCGCAGCGGGCCGCGUGGGGGAGGGUGUUUCUGGCGCGGGCCAAUUCGCAGCUGAUCAGGCCAAGGCGGCGGGAUCAAAGGCGUAUAAUACCGUGUCAGGCGCCGCUUCUGGCGCUGCGGCGGCAAUUCCGGGGCCCGCGGACUUCCAGCGCGUGGGGAAGGUGAUGAUGGAAUGGUGGUUGCGCCUUGUGGCGCAGCGGAAGGACGAGGCGGAAGUGGCUGCGCGGAAGGCGCAGGAGGCGGCGGAGAAGGGCUCGGGGAAGAGCGCGGAUUGGUUGAAGCAGCUGGCGGAAGCCGCGAGCGCGCGUUACGAGGCGGCGAAAGAGGCGCUGAGCUUCGCGACGGGGGAGGUGGGAGAGCUGCGCCGGCCUGGCGGAGCGGACGAGGGGGAAGAUGUGCUGCGCGACAUGUACAACCGGGCGGAAGCUUCCAUGCAUGAGCUGUGGAACGCUGCGAACGAGGCAACUGAAACCGCGAAAACGAAGAGCGGCGAUCAGGCCGAAGCUGUGAAAAAGGAAGCGUGGAGGAGGUACGAGGAGGCGAAAAAAGGUUUUGAGCAGAUUCAGACACAGUUUGGGGACUUGUUUGAGAAAAUGGGGAUGAAGGGAGAGAAGGGGGAAGGGAAGGCGGAGAGGAUUCGGGAGCGCGUGGCGCAUCCUUCUCCUGGCGACGCGCUUCGUGUGGAGCUGUGA